CCCGUGGUGUCGUCUACGGUGGAGCGGGUUCAGGGCAGUCCUCCACACAGCCCGGGUCUGACUUGGAGUCUUCCUGUUUUACCCCAUUUGAUUGACUUAAAGGAUUUCAGGAGCGGCAUUCAUAAAUUUCCAGGAUGGAGAUCUCCUCCCACCAGUCUCACCUCCUGCAGCAGCUGAACGAGCAGCGCAGGCAAGACGUGUUCUGCGACUGCAGCAUCCUGGUGGAAGGCAGGGUGUUCAAGGCGCACCGGAACGUGCUGUUCGCCAGCAGCGGCUACUUUAAGAUGCUGCUGUCGCAGAGCUCCAAGGAGACCAGCCAGCCCACCACGGCCACGUUCCAGGCCUUCUCCCCUGACACCUUCACCGUCAUCCUGGACUUCGUCUACUCGGGCAGGCUGUCCCUCACCGGCCAGAAUGUCAUAGAAGUCAUGUCGGCCGCCAGCUUCCUUCAGAUGACCGACGUCAUCAGCGUGUGUAAGACUUUCAUUAAGUCCUCCUUAGACAUCAGCGAGAAAGAAAAAGACCGCUAUUUCAGCCUGUCGGAUAAAGGCGCCGACGCGAGCGGGGCAGAGCGAGCCUCCUUCUGGUGCAAGCACGAGCAGAGGAAAGAGUCCAUCCGGAAGACAAAGCACUUGAGACUGUCCCAGCCUUCCGAAGUGGCUCGUUUCAGGCCGAGCAGGCGAGAAGCUCGAUCGCCCGAGCCUUCCAGCCUGGCGUCCCCGCCCGCCGAAAUGGACCCCGCUGCUGGCUACCAGUGCGCUCAGGGGCCUGACGCCGCGCCCACAGGUUUCCCAGACGAUCUGCCCAGGAUGCGGUUCAAGUGCCCGUACUGCACGCACGUGGUGAAGCGGAAGGCAGACCUCAAGCGCCACCUUCGCUGUCACACAGGAGAAAGGCCCUACCCAUGCCAAGCCUGUGGGAAAAGAUUUAGCAGGCUCGAUCAUCUGAGCAGCCAUUUUCGAACAAUUCACCAGGCAUGCAAACUGAUCUGCAGAAAGUGCAAACGCCACGUGACUGACCUCACCGGGCAGGUGGUGCAGGAGGGGACCCGGCGCUACCGGCUGUGCAAUGAGUGCCUCGCCGAGGUCGGCCUCGACAGCCUCCCUGGGGGCCUGGAGGCCGAGCAGCAUCUCGUGUCCCCGGCAGAUGGAGAGAAGGGUUCCAGGUGGCCCUUGAGCGAGGAUGAGAACAGAUCGUAUGUGGAGAUCGUCGAGGACGGGUCUGCUGACCUGGUCAUACAACAGGUGGAUGACAGUGAAGAAGAAGAGAAGGAGAUAAAGCCCAACAUUAGGUAGCUCUCUGCGAGCCCGACAGGCACGCCCGCGAUGUCGCUGGCCUCCUCUCUCUCCCUGGGCAGGGUCUGGUUAACAGUUUCCGUUCUGACUCCAAGAAC